CUGCGGUGAACUAACGGCGUUUAAGCUCCCACUGUGGACUUACAAACACAAAAUGAGGAUUCACUCGGAUUUAUCUCCGAAGAACUGAACCAAGACGAGCAGGAAAACACGGCUGUCAGAGGAAGUGAUGUCUGCUGGCGAGGAGGAGCGCGAUGGCGAGGCAGCAGCGCCUGUGUACGUGUAUGAAUCGAAGGUCCACUGUGCCAACGUGCUGCUGAGCCUGGAGGAGCAGCGGCGGCAGGGCAUCCUGUGCGACGUGACUGUUCUAGUGGAGGGGAGGGAGGUCCGAGCUCAUCGAGCCGUCCUCGCUGCCAGCAGCCGCUACUUCCUGCAGGCUCUGCUGGGACACGGUGGGUCAGCAGGUGAAGUGGAGCCCAUCAUUAACCUGCCAGACAAGGUGACAGCUAAGGGCUUCGCUCCACUGCUCCAGUUCGCCUACACUGCCAAGCUCGUUUUGAGCCGGGAAAACAUCCAUGAGGUCAUCCUGUGUGCUGACUUCCUGGGUGUUCACAACUUGGAGGACUCGUGUUUCCGCUUCCUGCAGGCCCAGCUGCAGAACGACAGCGAAAACGGCAGCAACAGAAAGGUGGAAUACAAUGAAGGCGUCCCAUCCAAGGAUACAGUCUUUUCUGAGGCAAUUUCCUCAAACGAGCCUACAAAUACCAGGUCACAGGCCAAACAUGUAGCAAGCUCUGUGUCUCUUCCUGCUGACCUUUCCCAGUGUCCUAAAUACAGGAAGUAUCAGUACCAGAUCUGUGAAAACAAGCACAAUGGAGAAAACCAUGAUGGCGAUGAUGAAGGCCUUUUGGCAGAUCAUACCUCACAACUGGCAGAUGCUGCUCAACAAACUCGUCUUUCUCCCUUCAGAAUCAAAGAGGAACCAUUGGUGUUUGAAGAAGAGGAACGUGGUGGAUAUAACACGGAGAUGUGUACGGAGGAGGUGCUGGAGAUGGAGCUAGAAGUAGAAGGAGUUCCUGUAGCAGCAGAGCACUCUCCCAGCAGAGGGUCGCCCUCAUCCUGCCUGCGCUCCUACCUCCAGAGAGGAGGCCUUGAUCUCAGCUGUGUGCCGAGCUCCACCAUCCAGCAGCUGCUCACCAACAGACUGUCUCUCAACCACUACAGGGACCUGGUCAAAGAUAGACAGGGGGACAAGACAGAAUCCCUGAAGACCGGCAUUGCAGACGACUUACACGCCAGUGUUGGAAAAAGAACCGAGAGGCUCGUUACCAAAGCCUCGUCUUCGAAGUACGAAGGAGAGCUGGACAGACGCAGCGUAAUUUUCUCUUCAGCAGCCGGCGAGCAGCAAAUGUUGGCUCAGUCUUACAUGGAGGAGAAAUUCAGAGAAAAAGUCAUGCAGGUUGAAGCCACUUCUUCAGGUCGGUCAUGCCCUGUUCCCAUCAAAACAUCGGCCCAGUCCCCCUCCCCCUCCGAGCCCCGAACCCAGACCUCCAGCUCUCGGUCCUCCUUCUCGUACCCAGAGGACACCGGCAGUGGUAGCUCACCAUCCAGCCUUCCACAGUUGGACUUCUCCUCAUCCCCAAACUCAGGCUCCACCUCUGGACUGUCUCACUGCCUGUCAGGGGUGGUGGAGCAGAGGAACCCCCACGGUGAAGAGCUGCUUUUCUCACAGGGCUGCAACAAGAUCAAAAGUGAACGAGGGUUCGGUGCCAGUGGAGGAAACUCCAGUGAUGAGUCAGGAUCCUUCUCUGAGGGGGACAGUGAGAGUGGGAUCUCCAGAGUCUCUGGCCCUGAGGUUAAACUACCCUUCCCCGUGGACCAAAUCACCAACCUGCCACGCAACGACUUCCAGAUCCUCAUAAAGAUGCACAAGCUGACCUCAGAGCAGCUGGAGUUCAUCCACGACAUCCGCCGCCGCAGCAAAAACCGCAUUGCCGCCCAGCGCUGUCGCAAGAGGAAGCUGGACUGCAUCCAGAACCUGGAGUGUGAGAUACGCAAACUGGUAAAUGAGAAAGAGAAGCUGCUGAGUGAGCGUAACCAGCUGAAGGUUUGUAUGUCCGAGCUUUGGCACAACCUCUCCUUCCUCUCACAGCAAGUCUGCCGGGAGGUUCAGGCUCCUCAGCCACCACCCGUCUCUGCCAGCAUCGACCUCACAUCAAACCCACCAUCGCCUUUGUCUGACCCUGGCUCGUCCCAGCCUCGGUCCCCUUUGCCCCAACAAAGGCACACUACGCACCGGUCCAAGGGGGCUCUGGAGGACGGGCAGCCCUGCAUGGAGAACCCACCAGCGCUGGGAUCCACAGAGGAAGUAUGUAGCCCAACUGUAACGGUGGAUUUCUGUCAGGAAAUGACUGAGAAAUGCACAACAGAGGAGCAGGACUGUGCUUAG